AUUCAUUUAAAUAGAAAUCGUUCACAAAUUCAAUCUCAAAAUUUAAUAGUUAUAUAAUUGGAGCACAACUUUGUAAAUUGGUAUGCAGGCCAUUAAGUGUGUUGUGGUUGGGGACGGAGCUGUGGGUAAGACAUGUCUUCUGAUCAGUUACACCACGAAUGCCUUUCCCGGGGAAUAUAUACCGACAGUGUUUGAUAACUAUUCGGCUAAUGUUAUGGUCGAUGGGAAGCCUAUCAAUCUGGGACUUUGGGAUACGGCUGGUCAGGAGGAUUAUGACAGAUUGAGACCCCUUUCUUAUCCACAGACGGAUGUCUUCCUAAUCUGCUUCUCACUCGUAAAUCCGGCCUCUUUUGAAAAUGUGAGGUCAAAGUGGUAUCCGGAGGUGAGUCACCACUGCUCGCAGACACCAAUCAUUUUGGUCGGAACUAAACUGGAUCUGAGAGACGAUCAGAAGACGAUCGACAAACUGAAGGACAGGAAACUGAGUCCCAUUACGUACGCCCAGGGAUUGUCGAUGGCUAAGGAGAUCGGCGCCACCAAAAUGGUCCUCACGAGCCGAGAGUGGGUUUUCCCGGAGUUUUUACAGAAGCUACUCCGGUAG